UCGGCCCCGCAGCAUUCGGCUACAGGACCGCGACACUGCAGGGCCCCGGCUCUGCGCGCUGCGCUCCGGCCGCUCGGCGCGGGAGGACGCGCGGUCGCGCCUGCCUCGGUGGCCGCGCGGGGUGGGAGCAUUUCAGAGCGCACAAGCCAUGGUGGCCAAACAGCGGAUCCGGAUGGCUAACGAGAAGCACAGCAAAAACAUCACCCAGAGGGGGAACGUAGCCAAAACCCUGAGGCCGCAAGAGGAGAAAUAUCCUGUGGGACCAUGGCUGUUGGCACUGUUUGUUUUUGUUGUCUGUGGCUCAGAAAAAGUGUGUUUUCCAGAGGUUCCUGAUGUGCAGCCAUCCUGGGUCUUGCUCCCAGAUGGAGAAAGACUUGACCCAGCCACAGGCUGCCUCUUGGUUGGGCCACCGGUGUCCCCACCCACCCGCCCUGGACACUUGCUCCAGGACAGACUUGAAUUCGCCAUAUUUGCAGGUCAACCACAUAAACUGGCCUUUCCUGGAGACUGCCAGAACUUUCUCAAAGUUGUAACAUCCAGAGGGAGUCACCCCACCCCCAAGACCGGCAACUGAGAUGUUUAAAGGAACUGGCUGGCCCUGAAGGAAAGACUGAGGCCAUUCAUCUGCUCUGGAGUUCAUCCUCGGGAUCUGAGAUGCACAGCCUGAAGACAUCUCAUCAGCCAUCGGCUCCCUUAAGAGGACCUACUUUGUGCCAUACCUGGUCGCUGUUAUCCUGGAGCUUAUAGUCUAAUGGCAAAGAAAGAUGAGUUAAUCAAGUAAUCACACCAAAACACUUUCAAUUCAGCCAUGAAACUGUACAAUUUCGGCCAUGAAACAAUGUAAAGGAGAGGCACAUGGGGCUAUGAAAUCAUACAAUGCAAAGGACUGGUGUACUCUCAGGUAAAUGGUGAACUUAAAAAAAUAGACUUUAUUCAAAGUAGUGUCUCCAAGAAGGUUCAUCUGUGAACAUGUUAAGGAUCGCUGGACUCUUAUAUGUUAAUUCAUGGAUUCGAUUAUGAUCAGGAAUGAUCCUCAGUUUUUAAAGCAAACUCAAAGAACUAGCUUAGUCUACGGCAACAAAAUAAUAGUACAGGACCCACUGCAGAUUGGUGUAGUAAUACAAGAGAUGUGACCAGAGAUGAGAAGAAAGAGACCCAAAAAAUGAUCAGAAGCAGAAAUGGGAGCCCAGAAGUGCAGCUGACCAGAAGCAUUUCAGUGUCAGAUCACACGCAGCCUCCUCUGUAAUGAGAUCACAGCACGUCUCAUCAGUUACUGGUUUUCAUUAUGGUGACACUUAACACUCAUGAAAACUAUCUUUCAGAUCAUUCAGAGCAUAAGGAUGGGCAUGUGAGAAAGCCAGGGAUUUGACACCACCUCCCUCCCACUGGAGGGGGGAGGACAACGGAAGCGGUCAGCCAGUUUCUGCGGGAAACAAGCAGGCCACACGGAAUAGAAAAAAACGCUCCCCUACUUGUUCCCUGAUCACUUCAUCGUGGAUGUCAGACCAAAUUGCCUUCUCACAGGACAUCUUGGUGCAUCCGUGUUCUCAAGCGGAAAGGACAUUUUGCUUUUCUGUUGGCAGGAUUAGUAGCCACGCGGGUCGUCCGCAGCAGUGCUGUCUUUUUGGUUUUUCCCUUGGUUUCACUAAUGCGUGCAUGUGGCCCUCUGAACGAUCACUGGUUUACUUUCUAUGGAUACAAUCUCUCCUCCAUUGAGAAUUGAUUUUACAAAUAAAUGUCUUCGUUCAACCUUA